CUCAAUGUACCGUCAAUGUUUGUUUGUGUGGUUGUCUUGGUCAAAACAUCUUUCUGUUUUUUUUCUUUUCCUCUCUUUUAAUUAUUGGUGACAUCAAUUAAUUAGCCUAAUUAUGGGACUAUUAACUGAUGACAAAUCAAGUGAAGAGAGUGGAAUAGUGAAAUUAUUACGGAAUCAUGCAAAUAAAGUGUCCUUUUUGUGUUUCACCUCAGCAAUCAUAGUUGCUGCUGCUCUGGUAACUGAAAAUUACGUUGACACAACAUAUUUCAGUGACAAUGCUCUUCUACCUGGUCUAGUUAAUCGAGAAUUUACUAAUCAACCAUAUCUUAAAGAUGUAUUAACCAGGCUUAGAAAGGUCGCUAAAUCACGACCAAAUGAAUUAGUUGCUGAUUGGCUUGUCAAUGAAUUCAACUCCAUUGGCUUGCACGGUUAUGAACACAACUUUACACUACAUUAUCCAUUUGGUAAAGAACAAGUAAUCAAAGGGAAUAAUGUUUAUGCAAUUUUAAGAGCUUCACGGGCUCAAAGCACCGAAGCAUUAGUGAUAUCAUCGCCUUACCGAGCUUCCAAUAAUGUUUAUGGACAAACCUUACCUGGUAUUGCUUUAAUGUUGAGUUUGGCCAAAUAUUUUUCCAGCAAAAACUAUUUAGCUAAGGACCUGAUAUUUUUGGUUUGUGACAAAGAAUAUAUUGGAUUCCAGGCAUGGCUUGAUGCAUACCAUGAAGUCGAUCGAUCUUCUGUUCUUGACUAUGGUUACCUAGAAGCAAAGAGUGGUCCAAUUCAAGCAGCUGUGAAUUUGCAGGUUUACGAAGAAGAUAUUGCUCGAUUAGAGGUUAAGAUUGAAGGUUUGAACGGACAACUACCCAAUUUGGAUUUGUUCAAUGUUGCUGUAGAGCUAGCAACAAGAGAAUCAAUUACUCCUACUUUCCACGGCAAAUCACAUCCUUUCUCAGCAGAUUUUUAUGAAGUUUCAAAAGAUUAUGCAUUAACAACAGCCUCAAUGAUGAUUUCGCAAGCAAAGACAAUACCUACCGGAGCUCACGGGUUAUUUCAUAAAUAUGCUAUACAAGCGAUCACUUUGGAAGGAAUUGGAAAAGUUGCGGCCAAUCAACGCAAAGAUUAUCUAUCUGCUCCUCUUUUCCAGGUUGGUCGGGUCAUUGAAGGUAUUUUCCGUAGUUUAAAUAAUUUAUUGGAAAGAUUCAACCGAUCUUACUGGUUCUAUUUAUUACCUUCAACUCGUCGAUAUAUUUCAAUUGGAUAUUAUAUGAUUCCAUUUGGUUUAAUGGCUCUUCCUUUGCUUUUCAAAGCUCUAAAUAUUUAUUUGACCAUGAAAAAAGUUGAUCAGGAUAAAAGUGAACAAGACUCAACCCAAGUUGAAUCUCUUUGGAAUGCUUUACCUUUCAACUUUUAUUGCCAUGUUUUGGGCUUUUUAAUCGCCUCUCUACCCGCUUUAAUCCAAAGAUAUUCAUGGCUUUAUCAUGAUUAUAACUUGAAGUUCAAAGAUACUAUUUAUUAUACACUGAUUUCUACAUCUUUGCUUUUAAUGUUCAAUCCGAUAUUCCGAUGGAAGCAAAAAUCUGAGGAACAAUUGAAAGCUCGUCAGUGUGUAGCACUAAUCAAUCUCGCUUUAAUUUUAUCCUGUCUAUCACUUCUAAACAUAUCACUGGCUCUGUUUCUUACCGUCCUAAUAGUACCGGUCACCUAUUUAUGUGUAUCCAUUUCCAAUUCAAUUUUACGAAAGCUUCUUGCUCCCUUCAUCCUUCUUCUUCAUCCUCUUUCAAUUGGCUAUCUGUGUAUAUUGGUUGUUUCAUUCUUGGUUCACCAUGAAACAGAUCCGAUGGUUCAUCUCGCACGAUCAGCAGAAAGUCACAAAUCAUAUCUACUUAAAUACCUAGAAGACUGGUAUAUACAUGGCAAUUGGACCUUUUUCUUUGGUUCCGCUUUAUUUUUUCCAGCCUGGUUUCAAAUUUGGUCAAUUAUUUAAUUUUUAUACCUGUUGAAUAUUAUUUAUGCUUUGAUACUUUGAAUAAAAUUAUAAUUGGAAUAAAAUCAAA